AUACCUAUUCAUGAACACAUUGUUAUUAAACACAAAUGUAGUUGUUUUCAGAGCCUACCUCUUUGCAUAAAUUGUUUUUUGGCGUUAUUUUUUUGAUGUCCACACUGCCGUGGACCUUCCAGGGGAUGAGUAGUUAGACAUACCUAUCGCUUUCCUAUUUGAUAAUGGAAUCUCAUGGUAGAAUCGCAAUGGAUAACCCUGAAGUUGGUCAAUUAAUUCAUCGUGACGAGCUUAUGUGGCCGCAAGGACUCGGUGAUAGUCAUGUUACACAUGAUUCCGAUAACCAGCACAUCAACGAUCACUGGCCAAUGCCUCCAUCAUCAAAUAUUGACCACAAUAUGCGCAACGUGCCUUGUGUUAAUGGAUACAGUGAUUUCGAGCAUGAAUUAAACGGUUUGGAUAAUGGGAGGUCAAAUCCAGUACAAUUGAUGCCCGCAAGCGACGAGUUCUUAGGAUCAGAAGGAUGGCUCUAUGGGCUUGAGGGACUCCUUGACUCAAUAGAGAGUCAAGCCAUUGCACAUGCUCCCAUCGUAACCGCUGAAGGUAUAGUCAGGGAGCAGGUUAGCCAUCGCUUACUCGGGAGGUAACCACAUUUUAUUACCGAGACACCUACUGGAUGCCAGACGAUAUUACUACUGUGGACAUUACGUUUUAUAUUGCAUCGUUUAUGUACCCUGCCGUACCUGUGUACGCGUGGUGACAGGACCGCUAAAAGAGCUGCAUAUUUACGUCACUAUCGAGUUUAGGACCAUAUAUCAAUUAGGUGUAAGGCUGUAGGGUUACCAGAAUUCCAGUAUUACACACAUGGUUACCUUUGUUUGGAUACACUAGCGCAGUCCAUGUGUGACUAUUUCUGUAGAGAAGUCCAACACAUCCC